AUUCAUAUCCCAGUUAUUAUUAAACAUGGCAGCUAAGGCACAAAUAGGAUUUUCCAUUCUAAUCCUUCUCUUCCUCUUUCUCAUAGGUGACUCACUUGCGUCUCCUCAAAUGUGCAACCAAUUCGUCAACUGUACUGUGAAUAUAAAUGUGUGUAAGACUAAGUGCAACACUCGUUAUCACGGCCGAUUAGGGUUCUGCAUCUCAACUGCGCCGGCUAGUCCGCCAACUCCUCCACCAGCCCUUCUGCAGCCAAUGAAGCUGUCGAGAGCAGGCAAAAAGGCCUACCGCUGCAACUGUACGUUCCAGAAGAAGCCAAGACAGAAUUGCCCAGGCACAAAGCAAGUUCCUGUUGCAAUCUUAAACAAAGCUUAGUUGCAACAAAUAAAUGUUGGCCUACUUUGCAUUUGUUGUAAUGUUUUUAUUAAUGAUUAUAUAUGGUAAUAAAUGAUGCAACG